AAAUAAAUAAAAGAAAAUAAAUAAAUACCUCGCCAACAGCUUCAAGGAAAUCGAAGGCAACGCGAAACGCCCCGUUACAGUUCGAAAGAGCAGAGCGAAUAACAAAUUGGAUUGAACGGGGUGUUUUUUUGAUUUCCAAAACACUAGAUAAUUGAUUAUUGACCAUUAUCAUCCUAUAAACAAUCAUCAAGUACUUUAAAUUAGAUCUUUGAUUUGGAUCUUCAUUUUUGAAUCUACAAAAAUAAUAAUCAUCAAUUUAGGGAUUCAUUUCAACCAUGGAUAGCAUAAUGAGCAAACUUCGAAAUCUCGACGCGUAUCCUAAAAUCAACGAAGAUUUCUAUAGUCGCACGCUUUCAGGCGGUGUCAUCACUCUCGCUUCUUCCAUUCUCAUGCUCUUGCUUUUCUUCUCCGAGCUUCGGUUGUAUCUUCAUGCCGCAACUGAAACUAAGCUUAUUGUAGAUACUUCUAGAGGAGAAACGCUGCGUAUCAAUUUUGAUGUUACAUUUCCUGCACUAGCGUGUUCUAUACUUAGUCUUGAUGCCAUGGACAUAAGCGGGGAACAGCAUCUAGAUGUAAGACAUGAUAUAAUCAAGAAAAGAAUAGACUCUCAUGGCAAUGUGAUAGAAACAAGGCAAGACGGAAUUGGUUCUCCCAAGAUUGAAAAGCCCUUGCAAAGACAUGGAGGUAGGCUUGAGCAAAAUGAGACUUAUUGUGGAUCCUGUUAUGGUGCUGAGUUGUCAGAUGAGGAAUGUUGUAAUUCAUGUGAAGAAGUUCGGGAAGCAUAUCGAAAGAAAGGUUGGGCGCUCUCAAAUCCGGAUGUAAUUGAUCAGUGCAAAAGAGAAGGAUUCUUACAAAGAAUCAAGGAAGAAGAAGGUGAAGGAUGCAAUGUAUAUGGCUUCUUGGAAGUAAAUAAGGUUGCAGGCAAUUUCCAUUUUGCUCCUGGGAAAAGCUUUCAGCAAUCUGGUGUACAUGUACACGACCUGCUGGCUUUUCAAAAGGAGUCCUUUAAUUUAAGUCACCACAUCAACAGAUUAGCCUUUGGAGACUAUUUCCCCGGUGUUGUGAACCCUCUUGACCGUGUGCAUUGGACGCAAGAAACACCAACUGGGAUGUAUCAGUAUUUUAUUAAGGUUGUGCCUACUGUGUACACUGACGUGAGUGGGCAUACUAUCCAGUCAAACCAGUUCUCUGUGACAGAACACUUCAGGACAGGAGAUGUUGGCCAUUUCCAGUCCCUCCCUGGAGUUUUUUUCUUCUAUGACCUUUCUCCGAUUCAGGUUACUUUUACAGAAGAACAUGUCUCAUUCUUACAUUUUCUUACUAAUGUGUGCGCCAUAGUUGGAGGUAUAUUCACAGUUUCUGGAAUACUCGAUUCAUUUAUCUAUCAUGGCCAAAAGGCUAUCAAGAAGAAAAUGGAACUUGGUAAAUUUAACUGAUAGUUCUUCUCUCAGCACGUACCUUGCUGUUGUUGUACUUUCCACUGAAUCGCUCUGAAAAAUCUAUUCAAGAGAAGAUCAACCAGUGAAUGAAAUUCCCUGUGGGGUUCCCUUUUGUCCUUAGAUGUUGUCAUCAAUGAAGGUUGAAAUGCGUAAUCAUAUCGUGUACAACAAAGGGCACUUUGCCAUGAUUCAAAUAUUUUCUGAAACAGCUCUGAUGACGUGGUUCAUGUGAAAUUGUGAAUGUUACAUACUUUUUGGAAAGUAAAGGGACUUUCAUUUAUAGCCAUGUACUUGCAGAACUCCUUUCCAGAACCAUUAAAAGGAAAUGCAAUAGGAAACUUUUAAUGGAAAAUGAUUAUCUAAAGAGCGAUAGUUAUGCAGCUGCACUUUAUUUGAUGUUUUGAUGUGAAGAAGCUUUUGUUA